CUCUGUGGCAAACUUUGGCCACACCUAGAUCCUGUCCCAUUUCCACACUAUUAAAAAAAAAAAAGCUAAAGAAAAAAAAUCCGGCUUUUAUUAUUUUUUUUUUUUCUUUCUCUCUCUCUCGCUCGCUCGCUCGCUCUCUGGUGCGUUUGUUUGUGUGUCGGCGAGUCCCGGCGGUGUAACCGGAGAGGGGCCUCAGAGAGGGAAUGCAGGACUGCAAUGGAGCACAAUGCAAUACAGUGGUUGGGUGCUCCCUCCUGCCAGCGAGGCAGCUAUGCCUUCUAUAAGUCGGUGAGCAGCAGAGCUCGACCCGACGGGCCCGUCCAGGUGUGGAAGCUCGGGGAGUUUUACUUCAUCCGCUGCGGACCGCAGGAUCCUGUGUGCAUCGCUGAGGUGACCUUACUGUGGGAAGACCAGACGCGGCGCCACCUGCUGGCCAGCGCCAGACUUUACUUCUUACCCGAAGACACGCCAAAGGGCCGGACAAGGGAGCACGGAGAGGAUGAGGUUUUGGCGGUGUCGCGGAAGAUGGUGGUGCGGGUGGAGGACCUGGUGAGAUGGUCGUGUGCGCAGCCGGCAGGUUGGAGUAGCAGUCCAAAGCCGCCGCCCUGCGGGACCAACGGCCUGCACAAGCCGCCGCAGAGCAGCGACGGCAACAACACGCCGGACAAGAGCAGCGAGCCGCUCAGAGACAAAACUGAUAACGGCCUGGUGGAGCGUCAGGGCAUCAAAGUUCUCAGCUACCCGCAGUACUGCCGCUUCCGCUCUCUGCAGAGACGCAUCCACGAUGGAGCGAGGGGGCUGGGUCUGCAGGACCCCCACCUGCUGGCCCUGGGAGGCGUCAGGGCGCUGCCCAACACCCGGGUGAUGUACUGCAGAGACACGUUCAACCACCCGACGCUGGAGAGCAGCGCCAGCUUCUCCUGGCAGUUCAGAUGUCCGUCUCUCAGUCUUCGAGGACGACCUCGCAAGAGGAGAGGCCGCGAUGGCAAAGACUCCCCGAACUCCAGCCAGUCAGAGUCCUGGAUCGAGAGGAUGAAGGAGAACGUGAUGGGCAGUGUGGAGGUCGGCUGUGAGGGCAGCUGGCUCCCUCACCCUGAAGAGCAGCUGUUCCUGGAUCAGCUCUACGCCUUCAUGGACCGUCACGGCUCGCCCAUCCACAAAGUCCCCAACCUCGGCUUCAAGAAGAUCGACCUCUUCCUCAUGUACUCUGUGGUCAAACGGCUUGGAGGCUACAAAAAGGUGACAUCGGACCGUCUCUGGAAAGUGGUUUACAAUGAGCUGGGAGGAUGCCCCGGCAGCACCAGCGCUGCUACCUGCACCAGGAGACACUACGAGAGGCUGAUGCUUCCUUAUGAGGAGCACCUCAGAGCAGGAGGAGCAGAAUUCAAAAUCCCAGAAUCCCCCACACCUCCAAAACCCAGAGGCAUAAGAGGAAGGAAACCACAUCCGAGAGGCAGAAAACCCGGACCCAAACCCAAGGAGAAGAAAAUUACAACCCCUGCUCCUCCUUCUCGUGCUAUUGUGAACCCAAACGGCACCGUGGUGGUGAAGAGAGGCAGAGGCCGGCCGCCGGGAACACGCAACAAAGCCACGCUGAUCGCUCAGGCCAAGCUGCUGGCUCAGCAGCAGGCUAAAGCCAAAGCAGCAGCAGCAGCAGCAGCAGCAGCAGCAGCAGCAGCAGCAGCUGCUGCAGCGGAGACUCAGCAGCAGAGUCCUCUGCUUCCAGCCAAAGGCCGAGGAGGACCGACGCCCAGCAGCGCACACAGGCCCGCCCAGCCGGCCAUCCUCCCUGUCAACUUGCCUCUCACCCCUGACCUCUCCCCCAUGUCUGCCCCCUUCCUCCCCUUCCAGCCCAAACCAAAAGAGCUGAAGCCGGACCGAGGGGAGUCCGUGUCUCCGGCUCCAGGCGUGCUCCUCUCCACUCUGCCUCGCCACUUCGUCGGAGGAUCUCUAGGCGGCUUCAGCCCCAUCAAAGGCGUGUGUCCUCUGGAUGUCUUCAGGAACCGCAUCAGCCUCCAGAGAGGCCCAGAGAGCCCGGCAUUGACGCCUCAAGACCCGAACCAGCACCAUCCGACCAUCUACCCCCUCCAGCCCAAAAGUGGAAGCCCGGACACGCCUCAUCCCAGCGGGGACCAGCUUCAGUCUCAGUCCCACCCGCUCCACCAGCACCACAACCGCUGCUCAGGGUGUAACGUGGACGAGGGAGCCCAGAGAGGAGGCAGCCGGGACGCCAGGACCCGGCCUCCUCUGCCCCCUCUCCGGGUCCUGCCUUUGAACCUGGACUGCAGCGUACAGGUAUGCCAGCUGAUGAGAACUCGUCGUCUCGACUCGUCUCAGUUGCAGACCUUCACCCGCCGACUUUCUGAGGCUCUGUCGCAGGACCUGAGCACCAAGCCCCCCUGCUCUCCCAUCACCCCUCCCCCCGAGCAGGCGCUGCCCCUCAACCUUAGCAAACGCUUCCCGGUCAAGAGACCCAGCACAGAAGGACCGGAGCCGAGUCGGGCAGCGAUCAACGGAAACACGGAUCAGCCGUCAUCCAAGAGACCCAGAGCUGGCUGCACAGAGCAGGCUGAGGAUUUCACCCUGGGGGGCCGGUCCAGCUCUGGAGGAAGUGGAGGAGGGCAGGAUGUGGAGAUGAAGAACCAGGAGGAACCUGCAGACCUGAGCUCCCCGAGCAGGAUCAGGGCGUUCCUGCUCGGGCUACCGCCCUUCCAGGUGAAACUCGAGGAGGAUCUGAACGGGACGAGGUUUGGGAAAUUUCUCCCUCCGGGAUCUGACGCUGAAACCCAGAGGACUGAGCUAGAGAAAGGGGAGGCAGGAGUGGUAGUAAAGAAGGAAGUCAAGAAGGAGGAGGAGGCGGUCGACGUAGAGCGACGGGGAAUUGAGAGAAGCAACAAAGUACAGAAGUCAGAGCAGGAGGAGAAAGGUCCCACCCACUGCUCUGGUCCCGGCCCGGCAGAGCUGAAGAGAGCCGGGUCCUCAGACACUGACACACACUGUUUUUAGCAUUAUUCCCUCUGUUGAUAUCAGCAUUUUGUGAUCAGAAACUGUCGGAUAAAUCUGCGAUUUGUCGUCGUGUUCACCAUGGGGCUUGGUGUUGGUUUUGGAUGCCAGAUGACGGCUCAGGUUGAAGCCUGAACGCACGGAGCAGGGACCUUCCUUUUCCUCAUCUUUGAGAGCAUCUGAACUCACAACUUCUCUGUGUUUCCCAUUUUCGUCUCGUGUUGUUUCCUGUUUUUCUCUGUGGUUUUGAUCACGUCGUUGAUUGAACCCUGCAGAGGAGCGACGACCCACAGACUCAUGACAAUCACGAAUCAGAUUCUCUUCCUUCCUCUGUUGGUUUCUGUCUCUUUAAGGUAAAAAAAAGAAACAGGCCUGAGACUGACUCUUUAACAAACACUGCCAUAACCCUCCAUGACACUAUUAACUCCACUAUUCAAUAUUACGGUUCAAUAUUGAAUAAGAUCCAUAAUACUUAAAAUAAAAAUCAAUAUUACGUAUAUUAGGUGAUGCUAUGCAUCAAGACUUCACUUAUUAGCAUCUAGACUGUACUGUAGCUCGGUAGGUUCAUUUUUAAAAUUGUACUCUACUUCUGUAGAGAGAUAGUUAUUUUCUGAUAAAGUGUUUAGAUGUUAUCUGGAGCUCUGAGCGAGGAGCUCCCCCGUCUUCACAUUAUAGCUCGUUAAGUGAAGCGUUUCUAUAGUUAGCUGAAAUUAUAUAGACUUUUCUUACACACACGUGCCUUAAAACGGCCCGCGAUCCGUUUCUUCGCCGGCUUCAAACACACUCACUUAAAGAGAUACCUUGAUGUUGGACCUGUUUAGUUUUCUGUCACUCCUCGGUGGGGCUGGGUACCUUUUGAAAGACUAGCGUCGAUACCUGAGUUUCUGUUACUUUGAGAAACGUAAACACGUUCCUCAGAUUUUAAGCAGCUCUACAAGAGCUUGUCUGAAUAAAACACGGGUAAAAUUUAGGUUUAAAUCAAGAUCAGUACAAAUCUGACCUCGCUGCUGCCGACACAUUUCGCUCGGCACCACAAAAACCGCCUUGAGGUUCAAUACCCAGCCCCGCUGCUUGGAUUGCAAAGACCACUGUGGCCGCUGGCGUCGUCGUCGUCUCGUCUUCAUCACUACCACUGUUCAGCUUGUUCAACGACUAAGAGAUCGCAUCGGCGCAGGAGCAAGACUUGUUGAAGAGAUCAUACAUGAACAUGUAGCCCAAACAUUCAGACUACCUCAGGUUCUUAUUUUUUUCUUUUUUUUUUUUUUAAAUAACAAAAAUUCCACCUGCAUUAACUGUUUCAGGGGAGUGGAGCUUAUCCCAACGUGUGUUUGCUUAGACAGCAGUGUUGCAUGCUGGUCCGCACACGCACGGACAGACACACACUCAGACCCCAUUUCCACCUGGUAGUAAAGGAUAAGGCCUGUGUCAUUCUCUAUUUUUCUUGUUGUCAGUACUUUCUGCUUUCAGUCCAACUGGUUCCCACUGAAAACUCAAAUCCAGAGUUUAAUUUUAAAAGAGGCUCAAUAAUUUCUUUUAGUUUUUAAUCAAACAAACGGGAGGAAACGGUGCAUUUGUUGGGGACUAUUUUCA